CAACACAGCACACACCCUUUGCUGUUGAAGGAGGUAGGAGUCUCCACACAAUGUGAAGACACGACUUGGAUGCUAAAGAUCUAACAUACCACGAAACAUUAUAGCAUUAUAAGGCCUACGUGAGUUCGAUGGUGUAUUUUAAUCUCAUUAGAGAUAUACCUGCGUUUUGGUGGAAAGUUUGGGAUCUCUCGCUCUGAGUGAAUGAACUGCGAAAGCACCGUAUUACAACUUGGAGGAACAGGUUCUCUCCUCGCGCCCCGGGACAUGUUUUAGCCGUGUUGGGUAGGAAAUUAUUUUAUCAUAUAAUUAGUGGGCAAAUCACCUUCUCGUCUCCACCAUGAAGAGCUCAAGAGGGACAUUAGCGUCGCCAUCUCUCCAGUCUUCUCCAAGGGCUGCGCGUCAGAGCGAGUGGCUGCGGAGCGCUCUGGCCCACCACCACUGCCCCGACCCCGGCGUGGAGAACGAGAUAGUGGUCCUGGCAACGGGGAUUGACCAGUACCUCCAGGAGGUCUUUCACCACUUGGUCUACCCUAAACAAGACGACGUGGUCUCGGCAGAGGACUUCACUGUGCUUUGCUCAGUGCUGGGGCUUACCGGAGAGGAAAGUGAGACAAGGGAAGGAGAGAAGGAAGAGGAGGGAGAUGAUGAGGAGGGUCAAGGUAUUUGCUUGAGGCUCCCUCACGAGCUGGCUUUUAGGGACUUCCAUUCGCGUCUAUGCGGUUAUUUCCGCGUCCGAGCGCGCGAUGGAACUGGACCGGGGGUCAUGCGCCUCCCCGUUACGGAGGAAACAGAGCACAUUGAGCGCGAGAUCCGGCUUCGGUGGCCGCGGGUCCGGCGAAGGAAAUGUGUCAGUUUCGACCUCACAAGAGACCAAACCGGGAGGAGGCCCGCGGCCAAGACGAACAACUGUGAAACGGGUUCAUCAGAACUACAUCACAAGACAGGUAAGCAAUUGGCUAUAGCAUAUGAACUGAACUCUGCUAAAAUAUCUGAACUGUUAUGGUGACAGGUUCAAACCCGGCUGUGCUCCAGCUACCCCCCGCCUCUCAAUUGCUACACUGAAGGAAUCCUGAUGUGUUAUCUCCAACUGAGGACACUAACACCAGGCCAUAUGAACAAUCCUCCUCUCUCCCACCUCUAGGCCAGACAGAAGCAGAGUGUGUGGCUCUGAGGGAGCUGGUUGAGGACCUGCGCUCUGCUCUACAGGGCAGUGAUGCUCGCUGCCUGGCUCUGGAGGUCGCAUUACGACGACAGAGGGGCCCAGCCAGGCUUACCAUGCACCACUCCAAUGUAGCGACUUCAAACACAAGUACACCCUCAAACAUACCAAUUCCAAAUGCCCAGGGACGAGAGAGGGGUGCACCUAACCCCCCAAAAGAAGUGAUCCCAAAUCCAAACCCUCAGGGCCGAGGGUGCGGGGUGGGGGAAGAGAGGGUAGCAGGGAGACGGGGCUCCAAAGACCCUAUCCUCAGGGAGCUGCAGCUGAUUCGCUCCUCACGUGAUGGACAGCUGGAGGAGGCAAUCAGGUUCAACCAGCGGCUGGAGGAGGAGCUUGGCUGGGCCUAUCGGGAGGCUCGCAGGCUGGAAGGGGUGGAGUCUCGUCUACGGCAGGAGAACUCUGAGAUCAGGUUGGUUUUGUUUGACUGAUUUGUUUGAUGAUUGGUUGAUUGAUUAAUGGAAUGGCUGGUUGAUUGGUUUGUUGACUGACUGAUUGAUUGUCUGAUUGACAGGCGGAGAACAGAAGAGGCGAGGGAGGCUCUCAGAGAGGGGCUCCAGAAGGUGAGACUGAUCCAGAAACAGGCUCAGAACGUCCCUCAGCUCCAGAGCAGAGUCACACAGCUGGAAACAGACAUUCAAGAGUACAGGUAGACUAUACAACACCCCCAUCCCCAUGUCUGGGCCUGGAGGUCCACUAUACUGGCACGUAGGGGGCUGAAUAAAUGGGAUUAUGUUUGGUUAAUAUUCAACUCUAUAUCACAUCACUGUAGCCUACAUCACCAACAGCAACAACAUAGCAACAACCCAGCAUAGGCUCUGUCCUCUACACUGCUGAUACAGUAUAUUAAGCACAUAAACAGCAAUGUGUUAUUAAUUGAGGUUGAAAUGUAAAGUAGUCAUUAGUGGGGUAAGUCAUUGGCCCUGCCUCUCUCUGGUAGUGGUAUCUGCAGUGGUUUAACAGCUUGGCUAUCAGUGUGGAGCUGGAAUACUCUCACCACGAAACAUAAGAGACCAGCAACACACACACACACAUACACACAUACACAAACGUGCACACACAUAGUGAUAUUUGACCCAUACUGUGCCUAAACUUUGACCUCUCAGAUCACAGUGCACAUGCAGAGGAAGCCAUGCCUCACCGCCACGAGAGCCCAUGGACGACACCUGCCUCCAGCGAGCGGUGGAGGGGAGAGCUGCCUCGGACGAGGAAGAGGAAGAGAGGGAGAGGGAGGAGAGGAGGAAGGAGGAGAGGAGGAAGGAGGAGAGGGGGAGGGAGGAAGGACAGUGCUGCCUGCUGGAGGUGAAGAGGCUCAUCAACAGACUGCACAGCUGUGGUAAAGGGUGAGUGCACGGUACACACACGCACAGACACACACAGACACACACACACACACACACACACACACACACCAGUAGCUGACUCUCUUCCUCUCCUCUCCAGGUGUCAGAAUACAACAGCCCACCACUUGCUACUCUCCCAGAACCUCCUCCUUGACAACCAGAACAAUCUCCAUGGCAAUGACCUCCUCACGAUCCCCAGGGGGCGGGGCCGCAGAGGUCACACCUAUCAGGAGGAGAGGGAGACCGAGUUAGAGAAGGUGAGAGAGAAAUAGAGAAGGGUUCUGUGGUUCUCUGUAGCUCAAUUGGUAGAGCAUGGCGCUUGUAACGCCAGGGUAGUGGUUUCGAUCCCCGGGACCACCCAUACGUAAAAAUGUAUGCACACAUGACUGUAAGUCGCUUUGGAUAAAAGCGUCUGCUAAAUGGCAUAUUAUUAUUAUUCUUUGGGCCAAUUCCAUUUAUAUUUAGCUCCCUCCAAAGAUAAAUAAAAAAGUAAGACUUGGAAUUGAUCCUGGAACAUAUAGAGGACUAGACGCCAGUGGGAGGCAGUUAUACAAAUACUGUAUUAGCUCUAUUCAGGCAGACCAAUGGAAGCCUGUCUGACCCGGCGCACUAUCCAUUUUAAAAUUGUGUGUAUAUUAUUAUUUCUUCAUUGACUUCAUUGGUCCUGGAGAUCUACAGGGUGUGCAGGCUUUUGUUACAGCUCAACACUACCACACACAUUGAGUAGUCAGGCCCUCAAUUGAUUAAAGUAGAAUCUACUAAGGACAAUGUUGAACCUGGUAUGCGGCCUAGGCCAGUUGAAGUACCAUCUAUUGUCACAGCUCGUGUCAGCAUUGGCUCACCACUCGCUCCUACUCACCCACUCAUCUUUAUUCUUCUCUCUACUAUCUCUCCUCCUCCUUGCUUUCUCUCGUCUCUCACUCUCCCCGAUCUCCUCUGUCGCUGCUCUCUCUCUCCUCUUCUCCUCUCCUCUCUCUCGCUCUUCCGCCCUUCUCUGUAUUCUCUGUCUCUCUCGUCUCUGAUCUCGGUCUCGCUCUCCUCAUCGCUCGUCCUCUCUCGUCGCUCUCUUCUCUCUCCCGUCCAUUUGCUCCUCUCUCUCUCGUCUUCUCUUCUGUCCAUCGUCUCUCUCCUCCAUCAUCUCUCUCUCCACUCUCUCUCUCUGCUCUCCCUCUCUCUCUGCUCUUCGUCCCUCCUCUGCGCUCUCUCUCUCUCUCUCUCCUCUCUCUCUCUCUCUCUCUCUCUCUCUCUCUCUUGCUCUCUCUCUGUCAGAGGCAUGAGGAGGUGGAGGGGUUGAGGUUGGAGGUUCAGAUGGUGGAGACAGAGAGAGUACGUUUGUCACUUUUGGAGGAGAAACUGACAGACACACUGACACUGCUACUGCAGCUACGCAUCAAGGUACACAUAUAUACACAAGCAAGAACAGUAACCACAAACAGGUCCUCAAAACAUUCUGAUUGUAUGUUAUACCAACCUUUCUAGUUCUGGAGUGCCACCUAGUGGUUUAGUGUGUGGAAUGACCUGUGAAUGAGCCAAGCCUUUCCCACCCUGACCUUUCUCUCCAUCCUCUCUGGGCAGGGUGUCUCUCGUAGGUCUCUGGGGAAGAUGCUGAUGGACACUCUGGAUGUCUGCAGCAGGAGUGGACAUGGCCCAUCCCAUGUGCUGCAGGUGGCCAAUGCCUUCUGUGCCCAGCUCUCGUCCAAUGAGCUGCUGCGAGACGGGGGAGGAGUGGGAGGGGAAGGUGGCGGGGGAGGAGGAAAGGCAAGAGUAGCUGUGUCUACCAGCCAGAGAACCUCAAGCACCACCAAACCUCCUGCUCAUCUCCUGUUGAGCAAACACACAACCCUCUCUUCUCCCCAAACUCCCCAACUCCCCUCCAUGAACACUACAUAA